AUGGGGUUUGGAUGGGUGUGGGGGGGGUGGGGGGGGGGUGUAGGGGUGGUGUGGUGUGGAGGGGUUUGUGGGUUGUGGGGGUUGGGGGGGGGGUUAGGUUGGUGUGAUUAUGGAAAGUUUGGGGAUAUGGGGUGGAUGGGAUUUGGAUGGUGGUGGAGGGAUGGGGGGGGAUUUUAUUGGGUUGAUGGUUUUUGUGGGGGGGGGGUUUUAGGUAUGUGGUUUUGUUUGGGGGGAUGUGAGGGGAGAGUUUGGGGGGGAGGUUGUUUUGUGUUUUGUGGGUGGGUGUGGUGUGGGUGGUGUUUGGUGUUUUGGGGGUUGGGUAUGGUGGGUGUUGGUGUGGUUGUUUGUUGUUUUGGGAUGGGGGGGUGUUGUGGGGGGAGGGGGGUAGGGAGGUGUUGGGGGGGGGGGUUGGGGGGGGGGGGGGGGGUUGAUGGUUUGGGGUGGGGGGGUGGUGGUUAUGUUGGGGGGUUGGUGGGUGGGGGGGGGGGUUGGUGUGUGGUGGUUAGGUGGUGUGAUGGUUGUUGUUUUGGGGGGGGGUGGGGGUUGUUUUGUGGGGGGGGUUUGGGGUGUGGGGGGGGUGUUUGGGGGGGGGGGUGUUGGGGUGGUUGGGGGGGGGGGUGGGUGGUGGGGGGGGGGGGGGGGUGGGGGGGUUGGGGGGGUGUGUUUGGGGGGGUAGUGGGGGGGGGGGGGGGGGGGGGUGGGGGGGGGGGGUGGUGGGGGGGGGGGUUUGUUGUGUUGGUUUGGGUUGUGGGAUGUGGUUGUGUGGGGUGUGGGUUGGGGGGGGGGGGGGGUGUGUGUUUGAGGUUUGUGGUGUGUUUGGGGUGGGGGGGGGGGGGGGGGUGGGGUGGUGGGUGGUUAGGGUGGUUUGGGGUUAAGGGUAUGGUUUUUAGAGGGUAUGUUGGGUUGGGGGGGGGGUUAGUGGGGGUUUGA